UCACGUUAAACGAUCCUGUAAUGGCUUUCUGCUGCUCCUCCAGUGCCCGCUGGUUUUUCUUAGAAUUGCUUAUAUGUGUGUUCACGUUUUUAAGUUACUUUUGUUGUCUGGGGACGUUGAAUUAAACCCCGGCCCUAUCACUAACGCUGAUAUUCUGGCUGCCAUUGCUGAACAGUCUUCUAAAAACGAUGCGCGUCAUACCGAAAUGGUUGACAUGCUAAAGCAGGUCAAAGAUAACCAGCAUCAGCUAGAACUAAAAGUGUUAGACAUCAAUUCAAGACUUGCAGCAGUCGAAUCACUUGUAGAAUUACUAGAUGUGCCAAAGCAUCCUACUGAACUGUCUAAUGUUGUUAGUGAGGCCGUCCGAGGCGAAACUACCGUUCUGAAUUCAAGACUUAAUGAGCUUGAAGAUAGAUCCCGUCGUGACAAUUCACUCUUCUACGGUAUCGCCGACACCCUUUCCGAAGACUGGUCGCAGUCAGAAUCUCAUAUCCGCGAUAAUCUUUCCACAAUAUUAGGACUAGAUCUACCUGGCGAGGCAAUAUCCCGUGCUCAUAGAUUAGGCUCAUACUCAACUAAUAAAUGCCGGCCAAUAAUUGUUAAAUUCUCUUCCUCUAAAUUCAAGGCGAAUGUGUUUUCUCAGCGUUUUAAGUUGAAAGGAACAGGAAUUUCAGUCAGUGAGGAUUUCUGUCCGGCUACGCGGCAGUUACGUAAAAAGUUAAUUGAUUUCGGUAAAGGCACCGGUCAGAGGUUCUCGCUCAAACUAAACAGGCUGCACGUUAAUCAAAAGGUGUAUACUUACUGCCCCGUAACAGAUUGUGUUUGCGAAGUGACUCCUAGUCACGCUCGUGAAGCUAACAACGCCGCGUCUCUCCCUCCGGGUGCCAAUAAUACAGUUUCCGCGCUGCAACCGGGCACCGAUAACGCAGUUUUCGCACCUGGUCCAAGCAAUUAUAAUUCACACGCGUCAUCAACAUAACUAUGUAAAGGCCCGGCGACUAACGCUAUCUCAAUAUUGUAUUCUAACGUGCGAAGCGUGUGCAACAAACGCGACGCUUUGUCAUCUCUUAUCGACACGUGUACAGCUGAUAUUGUUAUCCUGACCGAAACGUGGCUUUCUAGUAAAAUUGCUGACAGUGAAAUUUUUGAGUGUGAAGCAGAAAUCUCAACAAGCCUCCAUCAACUUCUGGGAACCUCCGCUCGAAAAAAAUCGGCCAACCAAAGAAUCCAAGAGCCAGCACCUUGCAUCGGAACCACCGAGGCGGCAAAUAUCACUCGUUGCAUUCUUCGGCAAAUCUUAAUGCGAAAGCAUGAACUGUCCCAUGGAGCGGAGCCCGGCGUUGUCUGUAGUAGCGAAACGGCACCUAAACUCCCAAUGGCUGCUACGCGUCAUGUGGCCCCAUAGCAACGGCGUCAUCGUUGCUAAGGAGCAAGCCGAAAUUCUGGUGGCGCAGUGCAAAGAAUAAAAA